AUGUUUUUGCAUAUAAAAGUGUAUAUAGUUGGAUUUAUAUAUUUUCUGGGAAUUUUAUUCAUGAUUUUAUUUCCACCACGUAAUUUCGAGCAAUCGGGAACCAAAAUGAGAAGAAUUAGAAGUAUCGGAAGUAACUUGAAAUAUGAGGGGUAUAUUGAUUACGAGAGUAUGCUUAGUGUAGUACAAAACAUGGCCAUCGAGGAUCCUGAAAUGGUAGAAGUAGUGCAUUUGACUCCACUCACUGCUGCCAAUAAUAGUCUUAUAGCUAUUGAAUUGCGCAGUGACACGCUCAGCAAGAAACCUGGAAUACUCGUAAUUGGAACAAUAAAUGGAAUGGUGUGGGGCGGAUCAAAUGCUAUACUGGAAUUAGCCGAGAAACUUCUUUACGACACAAACUACCAAACUCCGUUUUUUAACGAUUAUGACUGGUAUUUAGUACCGAUAGCGAACCCAGACGCACUUAAUUUUACGACCAUCCUUCGAGAUUAUACGUCAAUGGAUGCUACAGAGUGGUCACGCAACUUCUCCGCUAGAACUAAAACUAAACCUGCCGAAUGGCAUAAGAAUAUCGACAAGGAAUCUGGCGAGCAACUAUGCUUCGGAACUAAUGUUAAUCGUAACUUCGCAUAUCACUGGCAAGACGACGUACGUAAAACGCCAUUACGUUGCUCACAAUACUACCCUGGUAUAAAGCCUUUCUCUACGGCGGAAGCACAGGCGAUACGGGAAUACGUGCACAAGCUUGACGACAUAUUGCAUCUAGUUGUACAUUUACAUGCCAGUUUUGUUCCUAAAAAAGAAUUUAUUUUGUACCCUUGGCGAUACACCUUACGUCAGCCAAGUAAUCAUCAUACGUUACAAGAAAUUGGAGAAUACGCAGCAAGACAUGCAAGACUCCCCGAUGGCAGGCUUUAUGAGGUACAUCAAGGUAGCAGUGACGAGCGCGUCGCUGGUACUUUAAGUGAUUAUAUCUCAGGAGUGGUCGGAACGGACUUGGUCUAUGUCGUUAAACCUUAUCAUGAAGUAUUUCCCAACUAUACGGAUUCUACUAUACUGGAAACCUACGUUCAGAAAUCGAUAUCAGUAAUCCUUAGUUUAGUCAGAGGUUGGCGAAGUAGUACUAAACAAAAUACAUUGUCAUUUUUUGGUAAAGAUGUGGAAUUUUGAGAUAAAUACUUUUAUUUGAUAAUAUACAAUAAUGUAUUUUUAUUUACAAAUAUUAAAAACAUGUUUUAUUUACAUAAUUUUGCGGACAAAUAAUAAUACAAGUUUUACACUGUUUUUUAUGUAAAAUAAUAACUUUCUGCGUUAUUAAAAUAAAAUAAAAUAUAUUAUACUAUUCUUUUAUAGUUCACUAUAUUUUUUAUACAGUAUGUAAAAUCA